AUGGUAGACAGUUACGACUAUCUCUUAAAAUUCUUGAUAAUUGGUAAUGCGGGUACCGGGAAAACCUGCAUCCUGAGGCGUUUUCUUGAUGACGUCUUUAAAGAAGACACACUUCACACAAUUGGAGUUGAGUUUGGCACAAAAAUAAUUCAAAUCGGUGGAAAGUCGUUGAAACUCCAGAUAUGGGAUACAGCAGGACAGGAAAGGUUUCAAUGCGUCACGCGUUCAUAUUAUCGAGGGGCUGCUGGUGCCUUAGUAGUCUAUGACAUAUCCUGUCGUGAGUCUUUUAAACGCGUGUCCGAUUGGAUUGCUAGCGCGCGGGAGCUUGCGAAGCCCGAGUUGGCAAUUAUACUAAUUGGCAAUAAAGCGGACUUGCCGGCUGAUGUCCGUGAGGUAGGUUUCAUCAUGGCAGAGGAUUUUGGCCGCAUAGCCUUCGUGUAUAUUCUUGUCGUGUAUGUGUCGCGCGUCGCUGAUUCGCCUGUUGCUUUCUAUUUCCGAUCCACUUUCACCCCUGAAUCGAAUGCUUACUUAUACUCUAUGUCGAUACAGUUAUGAACAUGCGAUGGACUGAUUGAUUUUGGUGUACUACACCUAUCCAUUUAAUGGGCUGAAUUUUAUGCCAGGGCGUUAACUAGGAUGAGCUCCAACAACGCCUUUGUAAACUAGGUCUGGGAUAUUCAGACCCUUGGCAGCGCGCAUGGUCUUACACUGGACGGGUAUCCACGUUGUUAGCAAUUUGAUCCAUACUAAUAUCGCAGAAUGAAUGGGUCUCCAUUUUUCCCUUCUAUACAAACGCAACUUAGAUUGGAACACAUGCUGCUGCAUAGUAUCAAGCAGAAGCCCUUUCUAGUCAACUUUCUGACUGUUCAUUCUCUAAACCAGCUUAAACACGUGCUCAUCAGAUUGCUGCAUAUGUAAUUACCCGUCCAUACGCUUCGCUACUUUUUUUUUCUGCAGGAUAUUUAGAGUUGAUGGUUUGUAAGCGUGUUACUUGGCAGAAUACCCUUUGACUUGUUUUUUUGAAACCUCUAAUUUGCUGUUUCAUUCUGUCCGGCUGUCAGUUACUCCCAUCGUGCCUUAUAGGUGACCGAAUCAGAGGCCAGGCAGUUUGCGGAGGAAAAUGGUGUGCACGCUUUUAUGGAAACCUCGGCUAAGUUGGGUGACAACAUCCAGGAGGCAUUUUAUGAAGGUGCAAGAACUGCCCUAGAAAGAGCCAAGGCUUCAAAUACGACUGAUAUGUUCCUACCUGCCGGUAGUCCUGGUGCUACUUACCUUCAUUCGCGUAACAAAUCCGCCAAUUCGAUUUCCUCUUGCACCGGCUCCUGCUAGCUGAUAUCCUUGUUCCCUGUGGUGCGUCUAAAUUUGAUUUACACUCUGUCCGUUUCCACUACUUGCCUUCUGACUCGCCCGUGUUUAAGUAUCUCUAUGCUACCAUGCAGUAGGAUAUGUGACCCUAGAAACACUUUUUGUAUUCAUUUGGUUGCAAGGAUAGCUUGCAAAACCCUUUCCGCUUUUUCAUGGUAUAUUAAGCCAUUUGCAGGUUAUGCUUAAAGCUACGUAGGGUGGUGUGCUUCUGCUUACCUCCUUUACCUCGUAGUUGUCAUCCCACGUUUUCUUGCGCCCUCCUUCUAUAAACGCUUCAUUUCACUUCUUGAUUCUUUGAUCGUUUAUCUCCUGAAAUGCUUACACUAGCUGCACAUCCUAAUCUUCUCCCCACCGCGACCUCAGUCACGGUUUAUAGACCAAUAAUCAGACCCCUAGUUUCCCCGUCGCCUUGACGGUUACCACUUCUUACAAUAGUUUGGUUUGACUUUGUACUCUUGACAACUGAUGAUGACAUGCUGUGCGGGAGAAUCUAGCAGUUUCGUAGUCUAGCUGACAACCACCAGGUUAUCUGAGUGUCACGUGAAGACAUUCAGCCUUUUUACAUUUUCUCCUGUUUAGCGAGUGAUUGCCGCAUGAGCAAACAUUUUGUCGAAUUGUUCACUCUAGUAGAAGCGAAGAGGCGAGUCGCACGAAGUAGUCACUUAGGAGACACGGCUACUGGAACACGAGCUUUACUAGCCAAAUUUUUUGGAUUCCCACUCGAAUCCGUCAUCAGAGACAAAGCCAGAUAAAAGUAGUAAAUUGCGCAGGUGUUGCAGUAUUUAUAGAAUGUAAUUGCUAAGGUGAUACAUGUUUAUCACAGUUGGCAGCUCCCGAGCAUACCACGGCUGGACUGACCAGGUGUUGAAUUAUGCAGUUGGCAUGCCGUUAAUUCUGCCGUUCCGGCUUUGAGAUUUGGUUAUUUGCGACAAUAAUAGGCAUCUUAGGAAGGCAAAGGAUAUUGUUUAUGCGAGGCGCCCUGUUAGAAGGCGCAAUUGUCAGCAUCGUUUCCGCGGCCUCAAAGCCCCAACAGGGUUAUUGGAACGCAUGCUCCUGCCGCUACCGAAGACGCCGAGGGUAGUACACACGGGUUAACGUGGAGCACUAGAUAUAAUUCCUGGCUCAUCUGAUCUGAAAAGAGUUGUCAAACGGGUCAUCGACCUCAUCCAAACUGACAGUAGAACAAGCUAAGUGGUGCGGAUACGUAUACUAAGGGCAACAAGACAGGUACAUAGGGAAAUGUUAAACGGUACAAGGGGAUGAGGAUUACUGCAGAUGUGAUGAUCCGCCUGGACAAAGAAGUGAUACCAACAUAUCAGCCUGACAACCAGUGGGGAAUGCAGUGCUGUCGGCAACUGCGGGGUGGGGCCGGCCGAGGGUUCGGCGAGGCGUGUGGACAGAACACCGGUUAUUUUCGCCGAAAUGCGGUCACACCAUCUUCAUCCUGGAUAUGCACUCCAGAAGUCUCGCAUCAUUCAAACAACCCUGUUCAGUUCAACGGACGUUAUAGUCGCACAGGGCCAACCCCCACAUCUUCAUGAUGCUAAUUAUUGGUAGCUAAUGUGGUAAUGACGAUCUGUUUAUACCACAACGACCUUGGCUAACGCCUGUUUUCGACAUCCCCUCGAAACUCCGUGGUUUCUUAUUUGAGUGAGGGGAACCGCCUCUCAUCUUGAGUGCAGUCUUAAGAGGGCACUGGGCAGGUGUUGCAGCUAGGACCGUAGCAAGCACUCGAAAGUGAGAGCACGAACAAAUCUGGAUACAGGAUACAAUUGAGCUACUGGAACUAAAACAGGGAAUAGAAUAUUAGUAGAUAAGAUGGAAUUUCGCCAGGGCAUAAGUUAGCGUGACAGCAGGUGUAGUUCUCCCUACCACUUAAUACACAAAAUCGACAGGCUUCGAGUAUAUCCGAUCGCCAACUUCAACAUUGGCGCAGUGUGCGUUCCUAAAUAACCCCCAAAAGUCGCAUUGCCGAAAGUUCUACGAAGCGUUUUUUUUUUCCGUCGGAAGACAAAAACAUUUUACAUAGCUACUAGUGUUGAAUGUUACAUUCAGAAAUACCACGGCGAGUUUGGUUUGUUCACUUUAAUAGCGGCAUUCACAAGUCCAGAUUUGGAUCGCAGAGAACGCUGUUCAAGUAGAGGUUGAGACACGGCACGCCCGGGUCACGUGUUCAGACUGCGUUGCGGUGCGCCCUUGGACAACGUCUCAGCAAGGUCUAAGAGGCCAAUACUCACGGUGGAUUAGAAGCUAGAAAGAACCUGGGUAACGUUCUGUUCAGAGCUUCUCGCUCCAUUCGGUACUCGCUGAAUAACAGCGCAAAAGUCAGAAAGUCGUAAGACCCUACUUACUUAGGUCGCGGGCAUAUGUUUUGCCGAAUGACCUAUCUACGUUGAUGACGUCUGACAUAGUUUCCCUCUAUUCACGGCACCCGGCCGUAAACGUUAAGAUACUUAUAGGCUUACUUAUAUCGAAUUCCGACCUUACCUACGUUGCUUCUGAGUGUAAGAAGCGUGGUCUCCCUGACCGCAUGGUUGCUAUAUCCUAGAGGGUUAGCUUGACCCCAGGACUUGCGAAACCUCUAGUAAUGUGUUACUGAUUCACAGUGCAGGUGUUCCCACUUCACUGUUCCGUGCAUGCCACUUUGUCUUUGCUGCUGGCUAAUAUAUGUGGGUUUGGGAUAUUUGUGAUAUUUGCAUGCGACGUGUUCUGUCGUAUUCGAAAGCGUUCGCUGUUUUUCUGCGAUACACUACAAAACGGAGGCCUGGGUGAAGUCGAUGAAUUCCUCUCUUUUAAACCGCUUUUUUAUUAGACAGUAUUGUCGUGGCGGUCAAUAAAAAAAACGAUAGUGUACAAAUACACAGUGGUGUAGGAUGUAACUAGACUCCGCACCCUAUUGUGGGAUAUAAGUCAUGCCGUUGUGCAAUACUCUUGUACGCUUCAUCUGUCUUAACCAGCUUUGGUGACAGCCGAUACAAACCCAGUCAAAUAGGCAAAACGCUCUAUAGACAGACUCGUCGCUGUCGGUAAUAAGUACGCCUGCGCGUACCACAUGCGGCGGAGUACUCAUGCUUUUGAUUAAGCCACAUUUUGUGGCCACCUGCAUUGUUUGUCACGCUGAGUGUCGCUAACUAAUCCCUGUCAUGACUUAGUGGGGUGGCAUGACUAAGAUCGCUACCAUUUAACUGUAACACUUACAUUUUUUCGAAUAUUUUCAGACUAGCAGAGAAGUACUUUACGUUUUUUCCGUAGUCAGUUUUAGUGGGAAAUAUUUGAACUAAUGAGGUUUUUUGCUGUUUUACAACUCGGUUAACAAAAUGAUGUUAUGGUUGACAAAACCCUGUCAGGACAUCUUACUAAAACGAUUGAUAGCCGCGUAUGAGUCCACAUUUCCAGCCUUAGCUACCAGUUCACUAACUAAAUACGCUCUUUUGUAGCACCUCCACCACUACUGUCACAACCUUGCAAUCGUGUAUCCGCUCCAAAGCAUGCGGUGGACCGUAUAGCUAGUACUCUUAAGGUAGAUUUACAUAUUUAGCUAUAUCCCGGCCGAUUUAAUGACAUUGUUCUUAUGUUCAACCUGUGUGCAGUUGAAUCACCGGCAAUUCUUUCAGCGACAUUGAUACUAUACUACAAACGUUGUUGGUUGUCAUAUUAACCCGGAUUUCCUUUAAAUUUUAGACUCCGAUAACCCGGACGUGA